GUUACAUUUAAAUCUGUCACAAGUAUCGACUCGAUUGAGUCGUAUUUAAAGUUCAGCUCGAGAAUACAACAUGAAGCUUUGGAUGAAGAUCAUACUUAUAGUUGCCCUGAUAUCACUCACAUGGUUGUUGGAUCCUCAAAUGGAAGUUAGAGCCGAAAGACGUACUUUUGAUUUUUUCAAAAAACAUCAUCAUCAUCACAAACACCGAAAAGAAGACCAUAAUCAUGGAUAUUAUUUAGACGAUUCAACUGACUUUGAAGGUUAUAAUCAUGGCUCACUAGCUGAUGGACAUCAUCAUUCUGGAGGACACUAUCCCAUCGUCCAUAUUCAUACACAUGGUGGAAGUUUUAAUGGUUAUGGCAUUGUUGGAACUGGUCUUCAUGGUGGAAGUGUAAUUCAUGAUGGAGGACACUUUGGUGGAGCUCAUUUUGGUAGUGGAGUUUUCUUAAAUGAUGGACUAUAUAAUAACAACUUGCACGUUCUACAAGAUGAAGGAAUUCAUCAUUAUGGUGACCAGUAUGGUGAACUUCAUGGGCAUAUAGGUAACCAUGGUAACCAUUAUUUGUGA